AUGAGUAGUAAUCCAUAUGACAUUAGUACGGAUCAAUUGAAAAUACCAAAUAGAGCAAAUACUCCAUCAUUAAAGUUUUGUUCUAAAACUAUUGAAGAAACUACAUCAGAAUUAAACACAGAUAUAAAACUAGGUUUAACAAAUAAUCAAGAUGUAUUAAAUAGAAAAUCAAUAUAUGGAUCAAAUGAAUUAAAUAAUAACGAAGAAGAAAGUUUGGUGUGGAAAUUUAUACAAUCAUUUUACCAAGAUCCAUUAAUAUUGCUAUUGAUUGGUUCAGCAAUCAUAAGUUUUUGGAUGGGAAAUAAAGAUGAUGCAAUAAGUAUAACAUUAGCAAUAACAAUAGUCGUAACAGUUGGGUUCGUACAAGAAUAUAGAUCUGAAAAAUCAUUAGAAGCAUUGAAUAAAUUAGUACCUGCAGAAGCCAAAUUAACAAGAAACGGAAAUACAUCUCAUGUUUUAGCAUCAACUUUAGUACCUGGAGAUUUAGUACAUUUUGCACAAGGUGAUAGAAUUCCAGCAGAUAUAAGGUUAACUGAUGCUGUAUAUUUAAGUAUUGAUGAAUCAAAUUUAACAGGAGAAAAUAGACCGGUUAAGAAAACAACAGAAAUAGUAACAAUAAAGGAUCCUGGUGUAACUGAUAGAACAGAUAUAGCAUAUAUGGGAACUUUAGUAAGAGAUGGUCAUGGUAGUGGGAUUGUUGUUGGAACUGGUGCACAAACAGUAUUUGGAACAGUAUUUGAAAUGAUGAGUGAAAUUGAAAAACCCAAAACUCCUUUACAACAAGCAAUGGAUAAAUUAGGUAAAGAUUUAAGUGUUUUUAGUUUUAUAAUUAUCGGAAUAAUUUGUUUAAUUGGUAUUUUUCAAGGUAGAUCUUGGUUGGAUAUGUUUCAAAUUUCAGUUUCUUUGGCGGUUGCUGCUAUACCUGAAGGUUUACCAAUUAUAGUUACAGUUACAUUAGCCUUGGGAGUGCUAAGAAUGGCAAAACAAAAAGCAAUUGUUAAGAGAUUACCAAGUGUUGAAACUUUGGGGAGUGUCAAUGUUAUAUGUUCAGAUAAAACUGGUACAUUAACUCAAAAUCAUAUGACAGUUACUAAAAUAUGGACAACUGAUUUUAAAGGAAGUUUUAAUACUCCAUUUUUGGUUGUUGAAAGAUUGGAUGAUAAUACAUUACACCAUCAAUUGACUGAUAAUAUUAGAAAAGUAUUGGAAUGUGGGAAUAUAUGUAAUAAUGCGAGAUAUUCUACAGAAAAUGAAAAAUAUGUUGGUAACCCAAGUGAUAUUGCAUUAGUUGAAUGUUUACCACAUUUUGGAUUAGAAGAUAUUAGAGGACAAAGAGAAAGAAUCUAUGAAAUGCCAUUUUCAUCAAAUAGAAAAUAUAUGGCAGUAUGUGUUCAUACGGGAGAUAUGGAAAAAUCAGAAACUUUUGCAAAGGGAGCAACCGAAAAAGUAUUAAGUCAUUGUACAAGAUAUUUCGACGAAUCAGGUAAUUCAAAACCAUUAACUGAUGAAAUUAAGCAACAAAUUCAUGAAAAAUCCAAAAUGUUGGCAAAUGAUGGACUAAGAGUUUUGGGAUUUGCACAAAACAACAAGAAAUUUAUUAAUGAAAAACCAGGAGAAAAUCAAGAACCACAGGAGUUAAUAUUUUGUGGAUUAAUUGGAAUGAAAGAUCCACCAAGACCAAAUGUACAUAAAUCAAUUUCAAUGUUAAUGAAAGGUGGUGUUCAUGUUAUAAUGAUUACUGGUGAUUCUCCAUCAACAGCAAUGAAUAUUGCAAAACAAAUUGGAAUGCCAAUAACUGGUGAACAUUCUGUAAUGACAAGUGAUCAAUUAGAAAGUUUAAAAGAAGGCACUGCAUUAUCAGAAGCUAUUCAUAAUGUAUCAGUUUUUGCUAGAACAACACCAGAAGAUAAAGUUACUAUAGUUAAAGCAUUACAAAGACGAGGUGAUAUAGUAGCAAUGACAGGUGAUGGAGUAAAUGAUGCACCAGCUUUGAAAUUAGCAGAUAUUGGAAUAGCAAUGGGUAAAAAUGGUACUGAUGUUGCAAAAGAAGCAGCAGAUAUGGUAUUAACUGAUGAUGAUUUUAGUACAAUUUUAAGUGCUAUAGAAGAAGGUAAAGGAAUUUUUCAUAAUAUUCAAAAUUUUAUAACUUUUCAAUUAAGUACAUCCAUAGCUGCAUUAACAUUGAUUGCAUUAUCUACUUUUUUUGGAUUACCAAAUCCAUUAAAUGCAAUGCAAAUUUUAUGGAUAAACAUAUUAAUGGAUGGUCCACCAGCACAAUCGUUAGGUGUUGAACCAGUUGAUCAUGAAGUAAUGAACAAACCACCAAGGAAAAGAGAUGAUAAAAUAUUAACUAAUUCAUUAUUAAAAAGAGUUUUACAAUCUGCUAUAAUUAUAAUUAUUGGAACAUUAUAUAUUUUCAUUAAAGAGAUGACAGAUGGAGAAGUAACUGCAAGAGAUACAACAAUGACAUUCACAUGUUUUGUAUUUUUUGACAUGUUUAAUGCAUUAGCUUGUAGAUCAUAUACAAAAUCAAUUUUCCAAAUGGGAUUAAAUAAUCAAAUGUUUAAUUUUGCAGUGUUGGGAUCUUUGGUGGGGCAAUUUUGUGCAAUUUAUAUACCUUUCUUUCAAAGUAUAUUCCAAACUGAAUCUUUAUCAUUAGGUGAUAUUUUACAUUUAUUAAUUUUAACUAGUACAGUAUUUAUAGCUGAUGAAAUUAGGAAAUUUUUAUUGAGAAGAAAGACAAUUACGACUAAUAAUUAUAAUUAUGGAGUUUAA